CCGGGUGGGGGCCGUGGGGCCGCGGCCGCCCCGGUGCCGUGAUGUCAGGCGGGGGCGGGCGCUGGCGCAGGUAGAUAAAGCCGGGGGAAAAAAAAACAGGAAUGCCCGGUCCGGCGGGAGGGUGGCGGGACGCGGCGGGCGCUGCAGAUGAUGCCAUGGACGGGGGGGCCCAGCAGAGCGGCCUCCGGGAGCCCCCCGGGGCGGGCGGCACGGAGCAGGAGGGGGACGCGGGCGAGGGGCCGCCCGCCGCCGACCUCAGGCGCUCGCAGCCCCUCUUCAUCCACGGCAGCAGCCGGCCACCGGCGGAGGAGGAGCCGCGCGCCUCGUCGCUGCCCUGCAUCCCCAACCCCUUCCCCGAGCUCUGCAGCCCCUCCAACUCGCCCAUCCUCAGCAGCCUCCCCGGCGGGCAGGGGCCCCCCCGCGAAGGCACCUGCCACCUGGUGAAGGUGUUCAGCGAGGACGGAUCCUGCCGCUCGCUGGAGGUGUCGGCGGGCACCACGGCGCGGCAGCUCUGCGAGAUGCUGGUGCAGAGGACGCACGCGCUGCACGACCACAGCUGGGCCCUGGUGGAGCUGCACCAGCACCUGGCCCUGGAGCGCUGCCUGGAGGACCACGAGUCGGUGGUGGAGGUGCAGAGCGCGUGGCCCCUCGGCGCCGACAGCCGCUUCGUCUUCCGCAAGAACUUCGCCAAGUACGAGCUCUUCAAGAGCAACGCGCAGUCGCUCUUCCCCGAGGUGAUGGUGUCCAGCUGCCUGGAGGCGAACAAGAGCAUGGCGCACUCGGAGCUCAUCCAGAACUUCCUGAACUCCGGGAGCUGCCCCGAGGUCCAGGGCUUCCUGCAGCUGCGUGAGGCCGGCCGCAAGGUCUGGAAGCGGUUCUACUUCUCCCUGCGCCGCUCGGGGCUCUACUACUCCACCAAGGGCACGUCCAAGGACCCCCGGCACCUGCAGUACUUCGCCGACCUCACCGAGUCCAACAUCUACUACGUGACGCAGGGCAAGAAGCACUACGGGACGCCCACCGAGUUCGGCUUCUGCAUCAAGCCCUACAAGGUGCGCAGCGGCACGAAGGGCCUGAAGCUGCUCUGCAGCGAGGACGAGCAGAGCCGGACCUGCUGGAUGGCGGCUUUCCGCCUCUUCAAGUACGGCAUGCAGCUCUACCGUAACUACCAGCAAGCGCAGGCCCGGCUGAGCCAGCCCCCCUGGAUUGGCCCCACGGCCCUGCGGAGCGUGUCGGACAACGCGCUGGUGGCCAUGGACUUCUCGGGGUGCACGGGGCGGGUGAUCGAGAACCCCAGCGAGGUGCUGACGGCGGCGCUGGAGGAGGCACAGGCCUGGAGGAAGACGACGCACCGGUACAGCCUGCCGGCUGCCUGCCAGACCUCCCCGCUCAGUGCUGCCAUCCACCGCACCCAGCCCUGGUUCCACGGGCGCAUCUCGCGGGAGGACACCCAGCAGCUCAUCGGCCGCCAGGGGCUGGUGGAUGGCGUGUUCCUGGUGCGGGAGAGCCAGCGCAACCCCAAGGGCUUCGUCCUGUCCCUGUGCCACCUGCAGAAAGUCAAGCACUAUCUCAUCCUGCCGAGCGAGGAGGAGGGACGGCUCUACUUCACCAUGGACGACGGGCAGACCCGCUUCGCCGACCUCAUCCAGCUCGUGGAGUUUCACCAGAUCAACCGCGGCAUCCUGCCCUGCAAGCUGCGGCACUACUGCACCUGCGUGGCGCUCUGAGCCCGGCACCGCCGGCACGCCUCGGCUCGGCUCGGCACGGCACGGCACGGCUCAGCACGGUGCUGCUGGCACGGCGUGGCUCAGCACCCCAUGGCACUGCCGGCACGGCUCAAAACGGCUGGGCGCUGCUGGUGGUUCGGCGUAGCCGGCACGGCACGGCCGGCACACGAGGGCACAGCUCGGAGCAGUGAGCGCGGGGGUGAGGGGGCUCCUCCAGCACCCCCUGCACCCCGGUGCCCCCACACUCAUGCACUUUCUCCCCGCUCCCGGUGCUGGGCCCCUCCGUCCCCACGGGACCCCUGGCUGCAGACCCCUCGCCCCGAGGCUCAGUGGGCUCAGGGGUCUGCAGCUCCCCCCCCCCCCCCUCAGGAGCAGGGUUUGGGGGUGGAAGGGGGGGGUCCCCGCCAUGUCCCCCACAUCCCCACAAGGCCAGUUGAACUGUGAUGUGUUUUAUACAAGUGAGAAUAAAGGUUAUUUUUUCAGA